AUGGUGUCCACCAUGCGACUCGUCGCCACAUUGGCGGUGCUGGGAGCAUCUGCCACAGCCUUUGAGCCCAACCUCAAGUUCAACCUGACCGUUCCCGACACGUCUGGCAUGAUCUUCUACUUCAACGACGUCUUUCUCAACAACAGUGUGAGCUGGCAAACCGUCUUUACAGACGUGCCGACCCCGUACGUCAAAGGUAUGGUCGGUUUCGGCACCAGUAAACAUGUUAGCUUCGACGGCGCGGCGGCGGCGGCGAUGUCCCUUUUCGUGGGCACUGGUCUUUGGUGGAAGGGGUUUAUCUACAACCCAACCAACCAGAACUUGCCUACAGGGUUCAAGAUGAACGGCACCGACCUCGCCGACACCAUUCCCACCGCCACCGGCCCAGUGUUCAUCGGCAAAGGCAGUAUGCCGUAUGGAUACUACGAGUCUCUUUGGUAUCCGAUGGACAACGCCUCAACUGUCACCAUUGAGAGUGUCACCGUAGAAUUAGGCAUGUCAAGUGACAAGUCUUCGUUUGACCAGGUGCCGUCCACCACGCAGAUGUUCGUCAUGCCCGACGGAACUCUCAACGAAUUCUAUACGAAUGUUGAGAACUCCAAUUGGACGGCAUACAGCGACAUUGCUGGCGUUAAUGGCGAGAGCAACACAAAGUACAGUCAACUUAUGGGUCAAAGUGGGGCUCGUAUCCAGAUGACAGUGCCGGCCAAUACGUCCUUCGUCAUGAUCAACGGUACCAGCUGUCCGACCUGUGGAAUCACCAGGAUGCUCUGGAACCCUCCCCUUCCUUACUGGUCCCACAAGACUUGGGUCGAGGCUCUCAUGUGGAACCCCUACUGGGUCAUGGACAGCAUCGUUCAUGUCGCCACGCUCGACCCCACGGUGCAGUACACGCUGGAUAUCAUGGGCGAGACAAACCCUCAAUACCUUGUCGAUGGUAUCAGCCUCAGGAGCACAACUUUCUGGAGUGGCUCCGAUGCGUCAAACUCGACUGGUGGUGGUGGUGGUGGCAGUUCGUCCAACGCUGCCCUCAUUGGCGGAGUGGUGGGAGGUGUCGUGGGAGCUCUCCUUCUGGCGGCUGGCGGAUUCUUCUUUUGGCGCCGCAGCAAGAAGAACAAGGAGAAGAACAACACUCAGCCCGAUUUCGAGAUUGAGGACCAAGGAACAGCAUUCAUCCCAUCUCCUACUGUUACGCCUUUCAACAACCAGCCUGUGAUGGCUCAGACUACUGGCUCUGGCUACCCAUCGUCCGGCGCCAGUUACGGACAGCACGGUUAUGCGCCAGGCCCUGGGUCCCCGGGCAGUGGCUACGAGGGCCCCGCCAUGGCUGCGGGCGGUUUCGCCGCGGGUGCUGCGGGCAUGGCAGGCUUUGCCAAGGCCAGGGAACACGCCGCCGAGGGGCACAGGAUGUCGACCGGCGGUGUCUCUAGUAACAGCGGUUAUUAUGACGGCGAAGACUUCAGCGGUGACGCUUCAAUCAGCGGUGGUUCAGCCGUCCCGAUGCUCUCCCCUGCCUCCAUUCACAGUGGUAUGAUGUACAACCAGCAUCAGGAUGCCGGUGCUCUGAGUCGCCCCCUUCCCGACCCACAGGAGAUUCAGGUUCCUCCUUCGUACGACCCCACCUGGUCCCCCCCACCUUCUGGCUCCUCCGUGCCACACAAUGUCGAUCAGUUCUCUGAAGCUGGACGGUCGUCGGUCUCGGGCGCUCACCUUCCUCCAGGCGCCGACUACCCCGCAGACGUCAAGAGUCCCCGAGGACCCCAGUAG